AUGGGGUCUUCGAAGCCAAGAGGUAGAAAGUUACUUGCUAAAAAGAAGCAGGAGCAAUUUGAACCAGCUCCAGUGAUCUCCGAAGAGACAUAUAACGAGAAUGACAGGCAGGAAGAUACAUCUAAUCCGCAGAUGUUCUAUGGCGUGCUAGACAGAGAAGAGUUAGAAUAUUUCAAGCAAGCUGAGUCCACGUUGACUAUUGAUGCAUUUGAGUCACCAGAGGAGAAGCAGCAUUUUGUUACGAGUAUUAUCGAAGAAGCCAAGGGGAAGGAAUUGAAGCUUGUUACAUCGCAGAUCUGUUCCAAACUGAUGGAACGUAUCCUACUUGAAUGUGACGACAUUCAAUUGAAACAGUUGUUCCAGGUGUUCAAUGGUAUGUUCUAUGGUAUGGCCUGCCACAAGUAUGCGUCUCACGUUCUAGAGACGCUUCUAGUGAGGGCUACAGCGCUGGUAGAGAAGGAGCUAUUGACACCCUCAUUUGAUGAAGUGACUAAAGACGAUGGGGUCGUACUUGCCUCCAUGGAGAACAUGUUUUUGUACAUGUUAAAUGAGUUGAAGCCUCACAUGAAAGAGAUGAUCAACCAUCAGUAUGCAUCGCACACAUUGAGACUUGUCAUCCUGAUUUUAUCCUCUAAGGUGCUGCCAAGCUCCACCCAGAACAAUUCUACAUUACGUUCCAAAAAAUCGAAGAUUGCACGUAAGAUGAUCGAGUUGAAGGAUAACGACGAUUUCAAUAAGGUGUAUCAGACGCCCGAAUCGUUCAAGAUCCAGUUACGUGAGAUGCUUACUCAACUGUACAGAGAGUUCACAAACAAUGCGACUUCCCGUUCUGAAAUCAGCCUUACCCUGGUGAGUAAGUUCAGAGAAUAUUGUGUAGACAAGGUUGCGUCACCAGUGAUCCAGCUAAUCAUCCAAGUGGAAGGUAUCUUCGACAGAGAUCGUUCGUUCUGGAGACUCAUAUUCAACACCACGGAGGAAAAGGACCCAAAGGAAGAGUCCUUUGUUGAGUAUUUGUUAUCGGAUCCCGUGGGUUCCCAUUUCUUGCAAAACGUGACUAGUUUUGGUAGAAUCAAGUACGUGGAGAGACUGUACAAUUUGUAUAUGAAAGAUCGGAUAGUGAAGCUUGUGAAGAGAGACACAACAGCUGCUUUCGUCAUCCAGAGUCUGUUAAAGCAUUUGAAGAGCACUCAGGUGAAAGAAAUUCUGGACGCAUUGAUUCCAGAAUUGAGCAUGCUAUUGAAUUCCAACAUGGAUUUUGGUACUGCGAUCAUCAAUGCCAGUGAUAAGAAUGACAACUAUUUGAGAGAGGAGGUGAUUGAACAAUUGAUCAAGAAGUAUUAUCCAUCCGAAUCAGAGUCGAAGAACAUCCUGGAGAGCUGUCUCCAACUGAGCUCAUCGACGUUAGGUAACACCCGCGACGAUUGGCCCACAGCAGAAGAAAGAAGACGUUCUCUGUUUUUGGAACAAUUAAUAGACUACGAUGACAAGUUUUUGAAUAUCACUAUUGAAAGUAUGCUAGCUUUACCGGAAGAGAGAUUACUCCAAAUGUGCUACCAUGGAGUGUUUUCACAUGUUGUAGAACAUGUUCUACAGACCACCAGAGUAGAGAUUAUCAAGAGAAGGUUAUUAUUAAACGUACUGUGCAAAGAUGCUGUAAAUCUUUCAUGUAACGCAUACGGCUCCCAUAUCAUGGAUAAACUGUGGGAGUUCACAUCGAAACUAACGCUAUACAAAGAGCGUAUCGCAAAUGCAUUGAAUGCAGAUGCUGGUAAAGUGAAAAAUAGUACUUAUGGCAGACAAGUAUGGAAGAACUGGAACCUAGAACUGUUCGUACGUAAGAGAUUCGACUGGAAGAGGCUAAUUAAAGAACAAGAUGCAGCUUUGUUCCCAGAUUCCAAACCUCUACAACCUAAACGUCCUAGGGACAAGGAAACCAAGGACGAACCAAGAAAGCAAUUCAAACAUAGGUGA